AUCAGCGUUCUGCUAAUAAGCUGAACAUCCUACCAGGAACCCAUGCCUACCCCUUUUCAUUUCAACUCCCUAUUGAAAUGCUGCCGUCUCCAUUCGAACACAAAUAUGGGUACGUGAGGUACAAAGUGAAGACGACGCUAUCGCUCAUCAGGACCUUUUCCAAUAAAACCUUCAAAAGAGAGAAGCUGUUUAGUGUGACCGGACCCAUGGUGGACUUGAAUCUCAUACCGCAAGCGCAGUCAGGAGUCGAGAGGACGAAGAAGCUCGUCAACUGUUGUGGAUGUGGAUCCACUGUGGAAAAAUCAAUUACCGUCGGUUUACCAAAACAAGGCUACGUCCCAGGAGAGAGCAUAUACCUCACUGGCCAAGUUAACAACCGUGACAGGGAAGAAUGGUGUGAUUUUCACGUCAAGUUUAUGCAGAGAAUAACGUUCUAUUCGAAAUCAAGCGAAAAGAAACAUGUGAAAAACAUCCUUGGGUCUGUGAGGGUCAGGGUACCGACUCCUCGAGGCAGGGUGACAGACUUUAUCUUGGGUCCGAUGCCCAUUCCUCCCCAGCGUGUACUGACGGAGAUUAGUCUUAAAGAGGAUUCUAUUUCAGGCCAAUAA